CUGUUAGAUCAUGAAGUAAAUGAUGACCUAUGCUGGUUCCGUAUGGAUUGGACUAAGUAUUGGCACAAGGGCAGAAUUGUCGCGUCGGAGGAAGUGAUCACGUGGGACGGAGAAAGGCAUGACGCUGGCGAUGUUGUCACGCACUGGAACAAUAUCUCAUCCUUCAUCCGGGCUGACGAGAGAAAAUUAGGGCCACCAUUUUGCCAGAUGGUGGCUCUUGUUACUGUUCAUGGUUUGUAAUUUCACUUGCCAUCGUACAAACUGGAAAGCAAUAUGGAUGGAUGGAGAUGGAAUGGCUAAAGACAAGAUUGGGUAGGUGAAAUUGCGACCCAGACGCUGCAGCUCAUGUAGUGCCCACGUCUCGCCUAUCUUUCCCUUUCGCUGCUUAGCGUAUUUGACCUACCUGCCCGCGCUCUCUGUGGCACUGGCUUGGUUGAUCCUUUGGCGACCACACACGAGGUCCAUCAUUUGCUGGCUUCUUUAGCAAGCUUUCCGAGAACCCUUCCCGUGCCUAGUUUGGUUUGGCGUGUCUUUGGGUUCUGUUUCUGACGUCUGAUGGCAGGAGGGGGAUUUGAGGAUUCGCAGGGUAGCCUACCCACAGCAUCAUGCUUGGCUGAUUCCGUCUAGUGUUUGCGCCUUGAUGGGUGCAUGAGUCGAAGUUCCAUGUCCACUCAAUCCAUUCAGCUUGGACUUUCUCUGUGUGGCUAUUAUUCCCGGUAAAGGUGACCCGAGGAUCCCUUUCGUCUGGUUUGGUAAUAGGAUUUUUGUAUUGGAAUCUACGCUCAUCACGUGUAUUGCGGAGGUCAGUCAUGCUCACCUCGCCAGCCCACGGCCAUGCCUUCCGUACUUCGGUGCUCGAAUCUCUUUUGCCCCAGGUUCGCUGCUGCCGUUGCGCCUCACCUCGCCACCGGCAGUCGACGCUCAAGACCGACAUCAACAUUCUUACGUAAAUUCUCCACAACGGUACGUCCAUGUCACGGAGGAGAUAGAGCGGCUUCCAGAUUUGGGGAAAUGAAGGUUGCGAAGGAAGGAAAGAAUCAACCUUUCAGCUUGACGUUGUCCUCGACGGAUUCGGACUCCCAAUCCGACGAUGUUUCUGCCCUUUCUCAUAUUAUGGAGCCCAUUCAUGAGGGCGAUACAGACUUGCUCUUGGUGUUCUGUCCAGGAACAUUUCAAACCUCGGAGAACUACUUCCCAUUGAUGCACACGAUACAAUCCCAACUUAAGCUGCGGCUGUGGAUCGUCGUGUUGCACAAUACCGACCAAGAUGUACUGAGCACAUCCAAAGUCGACGCCAGCCUCACGGGUGUGUUGGCACUUUUGAAGGAACGUGGGUAUCGCCCUGGCAGCAAUGAGAUUGAAAAUAUAUUUGUAGCUGGCCACAGCUUUGGGGCAUGGGUAUCGAGGGCAGUGGCCGUGAGACGAGCACAAGCGUUUAUUCAGAUAGGAUGUUACUUCGAUUCAGAAAAUGACAACCUCGCUCAACAUCCCAAGCCCGUGCUCACUCUGUGUGGCGCACUCGACGGCCAAGUGACACUGGCAGCAAUUGCUAAGCACGCUGGAGAAGUUGCUGCUACCGAGCAAUACCUCGGCCGGUACAACACGUAUGCUGUGAAGCCGGUGAUCUUCAUUUCGGGCAUGAAUCAUGCGCAUGCCUCCAACGGACGUCUGAAUUUGGAACGAGGUGACCUACAAGCAACCAUCAGCAUUGAUGACGCUCGUCAUCGUGUUGCAGAGCUUGUGACCGCAUUCUUGGCAGUGCAGGCGAAAGGCCCGAACGAAGCAGAGGGCGCUCGUGGGCUGGAGAUAUUGACUAGAGGUGUAGAUGACACACAUGCUAGGUACCGGGCGUUAUGGGAAUCGAUAGCAAAUCAAGAAGGAGAUGCUGUUGCGCACCAACUGCACAUAGCCUCGCUUCCUUCAUUAUGCCCUGAAAACAUUACCAGCAUUCACCACGAUUUUCGUGACAAUUUUGUGAUCUCAAAACCAUGGAUUGACACUGGCAUGAACCGAGUGUUCAUUACGACCUACUUAUCCCCUGCCGAGAAGCAAGGCAUCUGUAACUUGUGGGUGAAGAUGAAAAGCCGUGAAGCAUUGUUGCCUCAUUUUGGCGCAGGAGAUGAUGCUGGAGCUCGAUACGACCCAGCAGCAAUUCUAACCUUGGGCAAGGAGAUUAAUACAAAAACCUUCGACGCAGCUUUAUCCUUAGUUUCUGAGGACGCUCGUGAAAAGUUCAUGAAGAUGGGGAAGAAGCUGCAAUUUGUUGACGAUUCGUUAAUGCAAAGCGCUGUAUCCUGGAUUGAGAGCGAUUUGAGCUUUACUCCCACCGAAAGUGGCGAUGUCGAAGUGAGAACACCUAUUCUAUACAGCCCUGCGAAUAUAAAUCCUCGCUUUGCAGGUAUGCAUUACAUGAAAGUCCUGACCCUCGCGAGGGCCAUCCAUUGGAUUCUACUCAGUUCGUUUCGGUGAAUGCGAGGUCAGCAGGUGAUCAGUUUUCGAAUCGUGCACCCGCAUCUCAAGGUCAUCUAAUCUCAUCUGUAUGUAAGUCCUGUUUGUCAGUAAAAACCUUAAUACCAACA